UACCACCAUUAAACCAACGAAGAAGAGGAAAUUGAUGCUAUGCUACAACGUUAUUGCUACAACAGACAUCUGCGUAUUUAAUUUAUAUUUUUGUGUAAUUAUUUUUGUUACUCGUUAUCUAGACGGUGGCUGUGUUGACCAUGUGUAACAGAGGAGAGAAUCUGUGCAUAUAAUGUGUAGUUAGCUGCUUAGUUAAAGGCAAAGGACAGUAAUAUAGCUGCUAGCUAGCUCUGUGUGUGCUAGUUAGCGCUACUAAUCGAAGUUACAUUAGAGCAGGUGGAACUUUUCAUGCCCAGAUCUCACUAACUUCCUCAAGCAUGGCGCUAAAGUCAGGAGAAGAGCGACUGAAAGAGAUGGAGGCUGAGAUGGCUCUUUUUGAGCAGGAGGUUCUUGGUGGUCCGGUCCCUGUGUCUGGAAGCCCCCCGGUUAUGGAAGUACCUGUUGCACUGGCUGUCCCAGCGAUUCCAGUGGUGCGACCUAUCAUAGGCACCAACACUUAUAGACAGGUCCAGCAGACUUUGGAAGCCAGAGCUGCUAGUUUUGUUGGACCUCCGCCACCGGCUUUUGUCGGACCAGUCCCUCCGGCACGUCCCCCACCUCCUCCUAUGAUGAGACCAGCUUUUGUCCCACACAUCCUGCAGAGACCUGUAGGUCAGAGGCUGCAGAUGAUGCGUGGUCCUCCCAUAGCCCCUCCUCUGCCACGCCCUCCUCCGCCUCCUCCCAUGAUGCUCCCUCCUCCGUUGCAGGGUCAAACACCUCAGGGUCCUUCACAGCCGAUUGGGCACAUGACGGCAGCGCCUCAGGUCAGUGACAUGGUUUCAAUGGUGCCAGGCCCCAACACCAGACCAGGAGCCCCUCCGUCUGUCAAACCGUCUCCAUCCAUCAUCCAGGCUGCUCCUACAGUCUACUCGGCUCCUCCUGCUCCUCCUGUUCAUCGACGAAAUGAUGUCAGAGCACAGAGACAAGCCAGAAUGGAGGAGCUGGCGGCCCGUGUGGCAGAGCAGCAGGCGGCCGUGAUGGCAGCUGGUCUACUAGAGAAGAAGGAAAGUGAAGACAGCAGCGCUGUCAUUGGACCCAACAUGCCCGAACCUGAACCACCUCACCCUGAGCCUGUGGAAAAUACCACAGAGGACAAAAAGAAGGCGAAGGUGGAGAAGGUGAAGAAGUGCAUCCGGACGGCAGCGGGGACAUCCUGGGAGGACCCCAGUCUGCUGGAGUGGGACGCAGAUGACUUCCGUAUAUUCUGCGGUGACCUUGGCAAUGAGGUCAACGAUGACAUCCUGGCCAGAGCCUUCAGUAGAUACCCAUCCUUCCUCAAAGCCAAGGUGGUGAGAGACAAACGCACAGGAAAGACAAAAGGCUAUGGCUUUGUCAGCUUCAAAGAUCCCAACGACUACGUUCGAGCCAUGAGGGAGAUGAACGGAAAGUACGUUGGCAGUCGUCCCAUAAAACUGAGGAAGAGCAUGUGGAAGGACCGCAACAUGGAGGUGGUUCGCAAAAAACAGAAAGAGAAGAAGAAACUGGGCCUCAGAUAGUCCUCUGUGCUCCUGUGUGCAGACACACAAUAACAUUUUAUUUUGUCAGAAUUAGGAAAUAUGUCUCCUAUGUGAUAGUCUUUUUUUUCUUGGAAUAAAACCCAGGUUUAUAAUGUCA